AUGUUUCUAUAUUUUUUUCUUGGUUUGUCUUUCAUAUUGACAUCUCAUUGUUUCUAUGUUCCCGGUGUAGCACCUGUUCAAUUUAAAAUAGGAGAUCCUAUUGAAAUAAAGGGAAUAAAAUUAGAAAGUACUAAGACUGGUCUUCCAUAUGAAUAUUAUAGUGUACCUUUUUGUAAACCACCUAAAGAUAAGUUACAUUAUAAAUCUGAAAAUAUUGGAGAGUUAAUGAGAGGAGACAGAAUUGUAAAUACUUUAUAUAAUGUUCAAAUGAAAAGAGAUGUAGAUUGUGCAAGUGUAUGCCAAACAACUAAUGUAUUUACAAUUUUUAAAGAAGAUUCUUAUGUUUUAAGAAAAAGAAUUCAGGAAGAUUAUCAUGUACAAUUAUUAGUUGAUAAUUUACCAUGUGCUACUAAAUUUAAAGAUCCAGAAACAGGUGAAAUAUUUUAUGACCAUGGUUAUAGAUUAGAUAUUGUAUUAAAAUAUCAUGAACCAGAACCUGAUGUUUAUAGAGUUGUUGGAUUUGAAGUUCAACCAAAAAGUAUUAAUUCUGAUAGUUACUCUUUUUCAAGUCCAUUCCAAUGUUCAAUUGAUCAAAGUAAAGGCCCUCAAGAGGUUAGAGAAACUCAAAAUUACAUUCAUUGGACAUAUUCUAUUAAAUGGGAAGAAAGUGAUAUCCCAUGGGCUUCAAGAUGGGAUUCAUAUUUAAAUAUGAAAGAUCAUAAUAUACAUUAUUUCUCAAUUUUAAAUUCAAUUAUAAUUGUUGGAUGCCUUGCCGGGUUUUUAAGUGCAAUCAUCGUAAAAACAGUUAGAAGAGAUAUUGCUACAUAUAAUAAAAAUGAAGAAAUGGAAGAUACAUUAGAAGAAAGUGGUUGGAAAUUGGUACAUGGUGAUGUUUUUAGGCCACCUCGUCAUCAAAUGAUUUUAGUUAAUUUUGUUGGAUCAGGAAUUCAACUUAUUGGUAUGAUUGGUAUUACAGUUACUUUUGCUAUGUUAGGAAUGUUAUCACCUUCAUCAAGAGGUUCAUUAGCUACUGCUGCAAUCUCAUUAUUCUGUCUUAUGGGAUUGAUUUCUGGAUAUCAUGCAGGAAGAUUAUAUAAAACAUUAAAAGGAAGAAAUCCAAAACGAUGUGCUUUUCAAACGGCAACAUUAUUUCCAGGGAUUAUUUUAUGUUCAGGUUUUAUUCUCAACUUUUUCUUAAUUUCAAAAAAUUCUUCCGGUGCCAUACCAUUUACAACAAUGUUAACAUUACUUUUCUUAUGGUUUGGUGUUGAUUUACCUUUAGUAUUUUUAGGUUUCCAUUUCGGAUACCGUAAACAUCCUUAUCAUCAUCCUGUUAGAACAAAUCAAAUUCCACGUCAAGUUCCAGAUCAACCAUGGUAUUUAAAAACUAUUCCAUCUUCUUUUCUUGCUGGUAUUUUACCAUUUGGUGCUAUAUUUAUAGAAUUGUAUUUCAUUUUUUCUGCAAUAUGGGAAAAUCAAUUUUAUUAUCUAUUUGGUUUUCUUUUUAUAGUUUGCAUAAUUGUAUUUGUGGUUUGUUGUCAAAUAGCUGUUCUUGUAACAUAUUUCUUAUUAUGUGCUGAAAAUUAUCAUUGGUGGUGGAAAUCUUUUGUUAUCUCUGGUGGAUCAGCAAUUUAUGUUAUGGCUUAUUCAGUUUUCUACUAUUAUACAAAAUUAAAUUUAAUUGGUUUUGUUCCAAUGGUAUUAUAUUUUGCAUACAGUACUCUUAUUGCAUUUUCAGUAUGGAUAAUGACAGGAUCAAUUGGAUUUUAUGCUGCAUAUUAUUUCUUGUUAAGAAUAUAUUCAGCUGUAAAAAUUGAUUAA